AUGAAGGUGGAUCAUUUGAGUAGAGUUUUGGGCUUUGAGGGGUGCUUUGUGGUAGAAUACCAAGGAAGAAGUGGAGGGUUGGCUAUGCUAUGGAAGAAUCAAGAAAAGGUUUCGGUGGACACUUUUUCUGAGAACCACAUUGACUGUAAGGUUUCUUUUGAAGGACAAAGAGAGUUUAGAUUCACAGGGGUGUAUGGUGAACCGAAUCGGAGUCUUAUAAGGAAAACUUGGGAUCUUUUAACAACUCUGCUUAGUCGUUCAACUUUGCCAUGGUGCCUUAUGGGAGACUUUAACAAUGUCCUUAAUCAAUCAGAGAAAGUUGGGGGACAACCUUAUCCGGUGUGGCUUAUUGAAGGGUUCCAGGAGGCAAUCCUGUUGUGUGGAUUGAGAGACAUGGAGAUGCAUGGGCAUCCUUUUACUUGGGAGAAGAGUAGAGACUCUCCUAGUUGGAUAGGAGCUAGAUUGGAUAGAGCUUUGGUGAACAAUGAUUGGUUGAGCAUUUUCCCUACGGCUCAACUUACUAACUUAGAAAGUUCUCCUUCGGAUCACUCUCCACUACUUUUGGAACUUCUGAUGGGUACGCGGUAUAAGAGUAGAAGGGAUGAUGAGGGGAAGCAACUUUUUUAUGAUGCCAAAAAGGAGCUCUUUGCGGUGCUUAAUCAAAGGGAAACGUUUUGGAAGCAAAGAUCAAAACAACUUUGGUUGAAGGAAGGAGAUCAAAAUAGUAAGUUUUUCCACUCUAAAGCUAGUACUAGAAGACGCAACAAUCAUAUUUCCUGCUUGAAGGAUGAUGAUGGAAUUUUGCGUCAUUGGGAUAGCGGUUUAGAUAAUGUCAUUGUUGAUUUCUAUUCUAAACUGUUUACUGCUGAGCCUACUAGAUGGGAGGAUGUGCUUGAUUGUGUCACUCCUACAUUUUGUGAGGAACACAAUGAUUUUUUCGCUUCGGUCGAUUGGCGAUGA